UGCAGCCCAAAGCUGCUGCCCUAACAUCUCCAUCAGCAUGGGGAUGGCAGGGAUACCCAGUAAUACUCUUCUUUCUCCUGGUUUAGGGUCCUUGGAAGGAAACUCCACUGUCCCUGGAAGGACAGAAGCAACAGGAAAGAGGAGUACUGAGAUCAAGCAACAUGUCUGAACCGGAGCUCUCAGCAGAAGAGUAUAGGGAAAAGGCAGCAGCUGUUCUCCCUGAAACCUGCAUACAACAUUUGGAAAGCAACAAUUGGAAAGAGAGGAUUUCCAGCAUGGAUACCAUUCAGAAAACUGUCAGGGAGAUGAAGACAAGUGAGAUACCAUGCCAAGCCCUGAUGAGACUGCUGUUACAAGGACAUGAAGAAACAAAGCUCCAGGUGAUGCAGAAGAAGCUUCACACCAUCACUUUGCUAGCCCAGAAAGGAGACUUCUCCAGAACAUCUGCUCAAAUUGCAUUGGAAAGUGCGGUGGAAAUGGUGGGAGAUGUGCUAGGCAGCACCAAUGCUCAAGGAACCCUAACAGCUAUAGCAGAGGCAUGUUCACUGCCCUGGACUGCAAAGACAGCUCUGUCAUUGGCCUUCUCACAGAAUAAGUCCAGGAUCCAUUCCAAGAUCUUGGACUGGACGUCAAAAGCAAUUCUGGAGUUUGGCUUUGAAGGGAUGGAGGCCAAGGCACUGGUCAAGACCCUGAAGAUCACUCUUGCUGCUCUUCACUCAGGUGUGCAGAGAUCAGCCAUCACCUUGCUGGGUGUUAUUUACCUGUACAUGGGAGACUCCCUAGAGAGUGAAGAGCUGUUCCUCCUUCCCCAGGUAGAUGCUGAGCUGAAAAAGCUGCAUGGACAGGUCCCACCAAUUCCCAGCCGUGCCAAUCCCGAGUUAUGCCCAGAUGACAGGGUUCAGGAGGACCCAGGGAAUCACAGAAUGACUAAAGCCAUAGACAUUAGUGACAGGAUCACACCAGAAUUGGUGUCAAAGCUGCUUAACAAGAACUGGACCAUCCAGAGGGAGGGCCUGGAAGAGGUUGCAGCGAUCCUUCAGGAUGCCAGAUUCAUCCAGCCAAACAUAGGAGAGCUCCCAGGAGCCCUGAGGGCUUCUCUGUGCAACUCAAACCCCACCCAAGUACAGAUGACCCUAAGUGUCCUCCAGCAACUGUCCACAGCCAUGGGUUCAAAUGUCAAACAGCAGAUGAAGGACUUGGGCUUUCCCCUCAUUGCUCUAUUUAGGGAAAGCAGGAGCAAUGUGAGAGCUGCCACCCUGCCUGCCAUGAAUGCCUGGGUUGCACAGAUGAAUAUAUUGGAGUGGACGGAUGAGCAGGGCAGUUCCAAAGAUCCAGGUGAAGAAAUGCCUUUACAGAAGCAAGAGCUGAUGCAGUGGCUGGUUGAACAGCUGCCAACACUCAACUCAGCUCCCUCAGACCUGCUUCGGUGUGUGCCUCACCUCUACUCUUCCCUGCAGGACAGCAACAGGGAUGUGCAGAGAGCCUCGCAGGCAGCCCUGCCUUUCUUCAUAAUGCACCUUGGCUUUAAGCAGAUGGCUGAAGCCACCAGUGGGCUGAAGGCAGCUGCAAAGGACCAUGUGCUUGCAAUACUGGAGAAUGUCAAUGACAGUCUGACAGCCCAGUCCUCUGCUUCUGCUAAGUCACUUCCCGGACACCCUAGAGUCAUCACCACAAUCACUGUCCCCUCUGUUCUAACCACACCACCUGCAGCAACAACCUUGUCUUCACAAGCAUCAGCUAAAGAGCCAGCACCCAAUACCAGCAGAGAGGAGAACUGGGAUCCCAAGGAGCUGCAGUCUGGAGAAACAGUCCAGAAAGGCACAGGUUUAGCCAAGGAAAAAGCAGAAAUUAAUUCCACUAAGAAGGAUGGGGUCAGCAAACUGGCACCUGUCUUCAUUAUUGUCCCCAGUGGGAAAGAGCAGAGAAUGAGAGAUGAGAAAAGCAGCAAAGUGCUGCAGUGGAACUUCAGAGCUCCUAGUGACAGGUAUGUUAAGCAGCUGAAAGCUCAAAUGAAUGACUGUGUGUCCAGCAGCUUCCAGGUGGAAUUGUUCCACUCUAGCUUCCCACACCACAUCAAAGCCUUGGCCAUCAUGGCCAAGCACUUAGAGACAGAGAAGGAAGGAGUUACCAGCUGUCUGGAUCUGAUCUUGAAAUGGCUCACCCUGCAUUUUUUUGACACCAACACAUGGGUCCUUUUCGAGAGCCUAGAUUACCUCAAUAUGCUGUUAACCUUGCUGAUCCAAGAGAAGUACCAGCUGAUGGAUAAUGAGGCCAUUUCAUUUCUGCCAUACCUGAUCCUGAAGAUGGGGGAGCCAAGGCAAACUGUUCUCAGAUUGGUGCAUGCCAUCCUGAAGAGGAUGUGCCUGAUAUAUCCACCUAAGAAGGUGUUUGGCUUCCUCAUGGAAGGCAUCAAGUCCAACAACACUAAGCAGAAUGAAGGCUGCCUGGUGGAGAUGGGCUAUCUCCUUGAAACCUAUGGCUUGGAUGUAUGUGAGCCAAGCCAAGAAACCUUGAAGAGGAUAGCUGCUUUCCUUGGAGACCAGCACAGUGCUGUUCAUAAAGCUGCUGUAAACAUUAUGGUUACAGCUUGCAAAACUCAUGGGGAAGCCCUGUUUAAAAUGAUUGGGGAUCUUCCUGAAGAACAUACAAGGAUGCUGGGACAGGAACCUGACAGGUCAAGAGUUUCCUCAGCAAAGCAUUUCAGUGAGAAACCUCAGCAUGAUUCAAACGCAAGAUCUGAAGUCGCCUGUAAGCAUGCAGGAGAUGCACCCUCAAAGCCAGAGCCCACCAGUAAGCAUGCAGGAGAUGCACCCUCAAAGCCAGAGCCCACCACCUCUCAAGGAAGAAAUUUCAAUAUGGUACGUCCCCAGCCACUACCUCCAAAGGUAGGUGAGCAAGUGAGCAGGCUGGUCUCCAGAAAUAGUCUCUUUAGACUGAAGGGUAUUAUACAGUUAGAAACAAUCCCUGAAUUCCAAACCCUGCCUAUCUCCUCAGACACUGAUGACACAUGUCAUAACAUCACCUCCAUCAUUAAUUCCCUUAUUUGUCGCAUUAGCAGUGAUGACACUGACACCAGCAUCCAGGCAAUGAAAGCAAUUGAGAUGAUCCUGAGAGAGAACAAAGUAGAAGCCAUGUCUGGGCACAUUAAUGAGUUCCUUGUAGCUAGCUUUCAAUCACUCAAGUUUAUCAACCAGCAACAGAAAGCAGACAAUAAAUGGCAUAAGGAACAAAUCAUUCUGCAAUGUAACUAUGUCAUUCAGGCCUGUACCUGUGUCUUCCGGAAGAAUAAGCUAGCUCAGGAGGCCUCAGUGGAAGUGCUUAAGAAUGUAAUGACAAGUCUCUCUGCCUUAAUGCUAGACUUCCUGGAUGGACACCUAGAGAAAGAUCAGAAGCUCAUACAGUCUAUUAAAGUCCUCAUGAAAAGGGUAUUGGAAAAAUCUGACCAGACAAGAAUUGUUUGUGCCUUGCUGAAGCUGCUUCAAGACAGCCUGACUGUUAAGGGCAUCCCAGGGAAGUUUUCUGACCUGCUGGCCAAGUGCCUGUUGAAGACCACACAGCUUCUCCCAGCCACCAUCAGCACCAUCAACCUGGAUGAAAUCCUGCUGGAUGCCCACAUGCUGAUGAUGAAAGCACUCUCAAAUGAAAAACUGAGGCAGCACACAAAUAAACCCCCGCUGUGGGCCCUGGAAACUCUGCUGCAUCACUUGUGCAAGCUGAAAGGAGUGGAGAUCCUGGACCACCUCACCCUGAUUGAUGAUGCAGCUGGCUCAGAGGUGGAAGCUUACGUACAAAAGACAGUCAGUCCUGUUAUCAAGCAGGAGGCAAACAAAACAGCUGUACGAGCAAGGAAGGAGAACGCCUGGGCAGCUCGCAGAGUUGCAAAGGACAAAGCAGGUGAUGUGCCAGAGAGAGCAUCUUCUAGAAAAUUUGUUCCUAGGAGAGUUUGAGGGAGGGUCAAGAGGGGUUAUGUGAGUGUAAGAAAAAAUGGCCCAAGGGAAAGAUGGAGUCUUUCUUAGAAAACCUCCCCCUCCUCUUGCAGAGCUAUGUGCAGCAAAGCCUGGCCAACAUCCAGACAGAAUAAGACACAGAGAGCAUCUUCCUCCUUCUCCCUUGGGGACGUCCCCUAAGGUGGAAGCAUCUCUCCUUCGGUCAACCGGGAUCCCAGGAGGGACUAUAAAGGGGAAGGAGAUGAUACCAUUCCUACCACCUGGAAAACCUGCCAUUCACCUUCAGCAGCAACACAACCUUGAGAGCAAGACAGCCCACGGCAGGCUCCCUCCAGUUAGCUUCCCUUGAAGGAUGGCAAUGACAGCUUCUCCCUCCUUUCCAGGACUGCACAUAGGGGUGUCCAUGGGAGCAUGUAAAACCACCGGCAGAAACAGCACCAGGAGCUCAGAACUAGCUAGCCUUCCUCCACACACACAUCAAUGGGCAGAUGACAUGAACCACAAAACAAUAAAGAAAAAACUCCAGCAUGAA